UCACACACCCACAUAGGCCUACACACAAGCUCUCUGUCUCUCUCUCAAUCUCACUCUCUCUGUGUCUCUCUGUGUGUCCCACAUGAAUUGAGUUGCCUCGCGAGUGUAGCGCCAGUGCAACUUAAGACAUUCACUUUCUGACAACAAAAGUUUGAUAUCUAGAAGUACUUUACUUUGGGCUUCGGUAUAAACAUGGGAAGAAUCGUUGUAAUCUCAUUCUAGCUCUAAGUUCGUUUUGGAUGCCAGGCAAACUCGACUGUGUAAACAAUCUACCUCUGAAGAUGACCAUUCGACUACAGGUGCUGGUAUUGAUGUGUUUCAAUCACCUAUCAAUUGCAAUCAAUUCUGAAAACGUGGCCUGUCAACCUCACUCUGCUACAGCUGACCUAAUAGAAUUCAACUGUAAUGUGAGCCUUGUGAAAGCUAUGGGAGACUUCAGCGUGACUGUCAUAUCUAAUAACGUCUCGGCAACGAAUCGAUCUGUCGUGGGGUCCGAUUGCGAACAUAGUCAAGGUACUGGGAGCGUUCAAAUCUACAUUUGUGUUUUUGUCGUAAACACUACACUACUUGGACCUGGCAAUCAUAAGAUUCACUUUGCCGCCUGGGCCAAUGGUUCUGAUCCCAAGACGACGCAAGUGACGAGUACUGAGCUGGACAUUCCGCUACCUGGAGAAGUCCAAGAGCCAGUUUGCCUUCCGACUGAGUUCGAUUAUUUAAUGAAAAUUGGCUACGUGACGUGUCUGUCCCCUAUUUCUUACGGACGUGUCUCUUGUUCAUUGAACGUCAGAACUAACGGAACGCUCGUUAGGACCGGAGUAUCAACAACAAUGCAUAGUACUACAAAGAUAUAUCCCCCUAGUGAGGGAAACCCGAACACAUUUUUUGAUCAAUGCAAGUUAAGCUACGAACUAGUUUCUCUUGGACCUGGGCUGCAGGAGUUUCAAGUCAACAUGACCAAUGUAAAUCCUGACAUGAAAUCCUCUUCUAAACCAAGUAACUGGACUACGCCGGUUCGUUUUCAUGCUCAAACUCUAAUCAAUUUUACAAUAAGCGGCCACGAAGAUAUCAUUCAAGUCGAACUGGGCGACAACGUCACAUUCGCCUGCUCAACAGACGGCUACCCACCGACGGACAGAUACAUAAGACAUGAACCAUUUUAUUCGGACUUCAUUUAUAAAAGAGACCUACUGGACAAACAAUUGAACUACACUAUAACCGACUGUCAGCAGGCUGGCAAGUACACCUGUAGAAGCUACGGGCGGAUAGCGGCAUGGGAUUUUAUAGACAAGGCAGUCUACGUGGAAAUACCGUGUCCACUAGGGUAUUUCUAUAAAGCUUCCAACGAAACAAACAGACAAUAUAUUGGCAACUACCAUGAUACAACUAAACUUUCGAUUCCUGUCCUCGGAUCUCCAGCGCCCAAGAAAAUGAGAUUAUCCAGACGAAAUUCCGGCAAGCAAACAGUCUCGGACGAUUUUUUCUCAAACGAAGUGUCCCUUGUCUACAAGAAAGAGAUCGGACCAUUGGGCAGCAUUUAUGUUGAAUUUUUAGAUCUCCAACUGAUUUCAAAAAGUACAUAUUGUAUUCUGAGUGUUGACAACGGCGUUGGGGAGCAGUCAUUGUUUGAAUUCAGCAUACAAUACAACGCUGGUGCAUCCUUGAUGUUGAAACAGAUAGAAAACUGUUACCUCGUAGUUGUUAUUUUGUCAGUCAUCCUAGUCAUAGAUUAGAGGUCCUAUUUAUAUGUUGAACUGCGUCGGACUAACUCCUAGUUUUUCUACUGUUGACUGCUAUAACAAGAAAUGUAAAACAAUGUUCCUGUAUGGUUUUAUUGUCAAUCUAUUAAGGAACUUUGUUUUGUAUUUAUAGAUACAUAGAUUAUCAAUAUCCAUGUCUAUUGGCUGCAAUUGUAAACGCCUUCAUAAGUUAUAUUCAUACAUAAUAAUAAGGUUAGAUCAGUGUUUCCCAAGCUUUUUCCUUAACGGAACACUUGGUACAUUCUGAGAAUUUAGCGGAACAAUUUGCUUAUUUUUUUAUGAGAGAUUAAUUCACAUUGUGGUCUACUAAUCAAUUAUUUCAAUAGUUCGUGUAACAUCUAUUCAGAAGAUUAAUUCACAUUGUGGUCUACUAAUCAAUUAUUUCAAUAGUUCGUGUAACAAACACAGUUUGUGAAACACUGCGUUAGACAUUAUUAUAGUCGCAUAGUUCCUACAAAGGGCAUUAAUUUAUUACCAAUACCAGAGUUUUUAUUACGAUGUUAUGUCUUAGCUUCUGCCUAAGAUACUGAAGAAGGAGAUACACAGUAAGUUGAACAUUGUAUUAGUUGUUUGGUCAAUAACGGGGGGGGGGUGUUCUAGAGGUAAAACGCCUGGUUUUCGAAUAAAGAUAGCACUGGUUUAAAUCUCGGAGAAGACUUGUCCUUUUUAAUGUGGGGGAUUUAAGGACGCCCCUGAGUCCUCCCAACUCUAACGGGUACAGUGAGUUAACUACCUGGCAAGCUCUUGACAUUCAAACCCAGCAUUUCUAGUUCAAAUCUCUUUUGAGGCAUGUAUAUUUAAUUUGGAGCAACACAUAGCAAACACUAUUGUUAAACGUUCUUGGUACUUUUGUAUGUCAUUGAAAUGAUGAACCAUUUUGUAAAGUCUAGUGAUCAUGUUUGACAUGUUCCUUCUUAUUUGAAAAUCAUUAUUACAUCCUAGCCCAAACCUCCCGCAGGAUUCAAACCCAGAACAAUAGAGACCAUCGAACAACAGUUCACGGCGAUUAUACACAGGAUCAGACAGCUACAUUAUCUUCAAUAUAUGAUCUCUUCGGAGCUAAAACAAAAAUUCUUAUUUGAAUUUCUAGUUGUGAUUGUUGUUUCUACUUAUAUCAUCAAUUUAUCUUAAUUUUCCAGCAGUACUACUGUCAUUAUUAUUUAUGUUUACCUGGCGGCACGGUGGCUGAAUGAUUAAGCGCUUGGCUUCCGAACCUUGGGUUCUGAACUCAAAUCUCGGUGAAGAUUGGGAUAUUCUAUUUUUUUUUUAGGGCGCCUCUGAGUCCACCUAACUGAAAUGGAUGCCUGGCUUUAGUUUGGGAAAGUAAUGGCGGUUAGUCGUUGUGCUGGCCACAUGACACCCUGCUCGUUAAUCGUUGGCCAAGGAAACAGAUGACCAUAACAUCAUCUGCACUAUAAAUCUCAAGGUCUGAAAAGUGGAUUUUUUUUUUACCUUGUACACAGUAAGAAUUAUACAUUUACACGUUUUAUUUGUCAUGUCAUUGUUACAGUAGUUUUACUGUUUUUAUUUUAUCUAACUCAAGUAACCAAAAGAGUGUCUUUGGAAUAGCCUGUGUAAAUUUAGCCUGUCAGUGGUGGUUCGAUGAUGACCACUUUAGACUUCCAGGUGGCUGAGAGCUUUGCACUGUGGUUUUGCGGCCUCCUGAUGUGGCUGAUGAGACCUUUGUGAACCCUUCACUCUGGGCAGAUUAUUCCAGCUGGAUCUUUGUCCAUUGCCUUUGAUUUUGAUUUCUUUUUCUCUGGCAAAUUUCUUCUGCCAGCGUUGAUGUAAAUAAUGUGACUGCUUCUAAAGAGUUCGAUAAUAAAUCAAUCCCUAUUCCAUAAGUCUUUAUGUGUCAAUUAUAGUUUACACCGAGAUUCUUGAGAGUUUUUCUCUCUUGAUUUUACUUUUGAUUUUGUUUGAUGUCAUGUCCUGUCAAUUUGUUUCAUUUACCAAAAAAAGAAAAACCACAAGCCUUUCAAAUAAUUUAUUUCAAUCAUAAAUGCUUAUAUAUUUUCAUAUAACUUUUAACAUUGAAUAGCUCUGUUGUUCUUAAGGAAGAAGAAUCAAGAUCCUAGAUUUGUCUCCGUGUCACCACAGAUUAGGGUCCAGAAAAUGGCUAAACUUAUUAGCUUUAUGAGACUGAAAGGUUGUGUUAUUGUAGUGAGUUAGAUUGUGUUAAGAAAUAGUAUUACUAAAGUCUACUACACUUAUUUGAUCUCAUCUUAACUUGAUUUUGUCUUUAUUAUAAAUAAAGUUAUAUUUAGCAUUGU